AUGCAAAUGCCGACACGGCAAUCUUCAUCAAUCACUUCACAAAUGCUCAUGAUGUCAUCGGCGCAUGCAGCACAACCACAGUACUCGACAGCUUCCGUGUACAACUCGGUCCCAACUGUUCCUCAUACUCAACGCAGCGGAGUGCAUUGGAAGGGAAAUUUUUUGUUAUCAAUGGGUUGUCCUCCACCAACUCCAUCUCGUCCAUGGUGGCUAGAUAGUCCACUAGCGGCGGCAGCUCAAAGCCCAUUAGCAGCUGUUGCUUCUACACUCAGUGGGGGUACUGUUACUCCUCUUGGACCACCUACUCCUCUUGGAAUUGGAGCUGGUCCCUCCACUCCACCGUCGUUGCUCCGCUCUGAACUCCGAAGUCCGGUUGUAGUUAGAACAAUGUCAUUGCAACAUUCUCCGGACAUGUCAACCAUUUUGAGCUCUCCCUCUACGUUGUCCUCUAUCGAUCCGCAAAACCACCUUAGUCGGCCAUCUCAUCUAGGAGCAAAACAGUCAGCUAGCUUAGAUCGACGGUCGGAUUUGCAUCUGCCUGCUGGAUCGAAGGUAAGGAGAUUGAUUAAUGUAAGUUAGGA